AUGGAUUCCACACAACUCAAACCAGUACAGGAUAGGCUGACCGCCGCCUUGGUGCAGGUGUCUCGCAAUGUUAAUCAACUCGCCUCGGAAGAUCUGAACUUCCACCGUGCCUCCAACGCCGAUUUCACAGAGUCGAUCGAUGAGCAGAGCGAGCGCAUUCUUGCAUUAACCACCAAAGUCUUGAAGAUUGCCGUCGGCGAAACAGGAAAAACCGCACCAACACUUGAAGAUGAAGAUUCGAUCGAGGACAAUUGGCGCGACGUCGUCGAUGUGAUUGAUUCGGUUUUGGAAAGAGCAGACGCGUGUCUCGACGAGUUCACUGGUGUGAUCAAGAAAUUAAGCCCAUCAGAGGAAGAAAAAGCGCCUUUGGUGAAAAAAGCCCCCAAGUUUCCGACCAUUUACGACUACGGCCCAUCAAAGAUCCCAAAACCACAGCUACUUUUCGAUCGCAAGGUUGACAACUCCACCGCCGAGCUUUUCCGUCCUCUUCUCAAAACCAAGCCACAUGCGAUUGUACCACUUGAAGAUUCCUUGAAGACACAAGUGAUAGAUGGCAGAGAGGGCUACCCAACCCCCUACGAGAGCGAGAUCCGUACCGCGAAAUACCCGAAGUCUGUCUAUGAACAAUCACCUCCAGUCGACUACCUCCCUUUUGAAAGCACAACUGCUACCUUUGUGGAUACAUUGGACGGGGUCAAGGAAAUGCUGAAAGAAUUGAAGCAAGCCAAGGAGAUCGCCAUUGAUUUGGAACAUCACGAUGUCCAUUCUUAUUCCGGUCUUGUUUCCUUGAUGCAGAUCAGCACACGCGAGAAGGACUGGGUUGUGGAUACCUUGAAGCCCUGGAGAGAAGAGCUGCAGAUUCUCAAUGAAGUGUUUACAGACCCGAAGAUCCUGAAAGUCCUACACGGAUCCUUUAUGGAUAUCAUUUGGCUUCAGCGCGAUCUCGGCUUGUACGUGGUUGGCAUGUUUGACACAUUCCAUGCUGCAAAUGCGUUGGGCUACCCGAAGCGAAGCUUGAAAUUCCUGUUACAGAAGUUCGUUAAUUUCGAAGCCGAUAAGCGAUAUCAAAUGGCCGACUGGCGCAUUCGCCCACUUCCCUCCGGCAUGUUCGACUAUGCCCGCUCAGAUACCCAUUACCUUCUCUUUGUCUACGACCAUCUACGAAACGAACUUAUUCAGGCCUCAACUCCUGAUGAAAGUAUUAUCGAUCAGGUUAACGAGCGGUCACAAAAUGCAGCCUUGCAACGCUAUGAGCGACCAGUAUACGAUGAGGCAAAUGGGCAAGGCCAAGGAGGAUGGUAUGAUAUGCUGUGCCGUACUCCGGGCACACUUACCAAAGAACAAUUUGCCGUUUUCAAGGCAGCACACAAAUGGCGCGACGAAGUGGCGCGAGCGGAAGAUGAGGGUGUGCAAUGUGUCUUCCCCAAACAUGUCCUAUUCCGACUUGCUCAGACAAUGCCCCCUGACAUGGGAGUUUUACUCCGCACACUCUCUCCUAUGACACCGAUCACGAAGGCUCGCGCUGAUGAUCUCUUGGAUGUCAUUACAGAGGCUAAGGCCGCAGGAGCUAAUGGUCCUGAGUGGCGUGAUGUUGCACCACCACCAAAGACGGCCACUAAGGCUGCUGCUACUGAGUCAAAAGAUGAGGACUUCCUCAUUCCCGAACGUUUCAAAACCACGUUCUUUGGCGAACCUCUGCACAUGCCGACGAAGCAGAUUUCGCCUGAGCAUGCCCUGGCAGCACUUAAAGAGGCGCAUCGCCUGGCAUUCCCCUCUCCUCCAGUGCCGACUACUGUUCUAGAGGUCCGAGAGAAUCUGCGCAUCUCAAAAUCCACUCCCGUUGCACCUCCAGCUGAACAACCUGCACCUGCUCCAGCUCCCGUUGAGCCUGAAGAAAAGAAGGUGUUCACAGUGAAGGAACUCGGUGGUCCUCGGAAGCGCAAGGUUACCCCUGUUGACCAGCCGACUGAAGACCUUCUAAGUUUUGAACCCAGCGACGAUGAUAUAUACGAUGAGGAGACUGAGGCCAAGAGACGCAAGAAACUGCGCAAGGAGAAGAAAAAGGCCAAGAAAGAGGCCAAGGCCCAGGCUGAAUCCACUCCAUUCGACUAUGGUGCCGCCGACUCUGUUCUGAACUCUUCUUCUGCACAUGCCGCCGAGGCUCAACCAAAGAGAAAGAAGACCUUUGACCCAUACAGGAAGGCAUUGGAGGCCCCCUCAGGCGUGCGCAAGCUCAAGCGCGAUGAGAGUGGCAAGUCUCUGACCUUCCGGAAGUAG